CCUUGUCCGUGUUACAUGGACGGCUGGGGGAGGGUAAACAGGUUAUGCAGACUUUGGGGUUGGACCGGAAGAGCAGAGACUCCUCCCCUUAUUUAAAGGCUAUCAUAUGUACCUGCUCUCCUCCGAAUCCUCAUUCAGCAAACUCACCCGACGAACUAAGGACCUGCCUCCAUCACAGAGGAAGACAAACAACACACAGGCCUACGUCACUGCAAGGGAGGAAUUGCAACACACAGAGCGAGAGGUCUUUCAAGUCACUUUGAAAGGAAGGAAGAAGUUACAUUUGACGAGAUAAUCCGCCGUCCACCAUGGUGUCUGCCGGGUUACAAAUGCUGGGCGCAGCUCUGGGCAUCCUGGGCUGGAUUGGUGCCAUCAUUGUGUGCGCCCUUCCCAUGUGGAAGGUCUCUGCUUUCAUCGGCAGCAACAUCGUCACCUCGCAGACCUCCUGGGAGGGCAUCUGGAUGAGCUGCGUGGUGCAGAGCACAGGCCAGAUGCAGUGUAAGGUCUACGACUCCAUGCUGGCCCUCAGCUCGGACCUCCAGGCCGCCCGGGCCCUCACCAUCGUUGCCAUCAUCGUGGGCGUCAUGGCCAUCCUGCUGUCUGUAGCCGGGGGGCAAUGCACCAACUGCGUGGAGGAUCCAUCGUCCAAGAUCAAGGUGGGCAUCGCAGCUGGAGUCAUGUUCAUCGUGGCUGGAGUCCUCUGCCUCAUCCCCGUCUGCUGGACCGCCCACACCAUCAUCCAAGACUUCUACAGCCCGCUGUUGAUCAGCGCCCAGAAGAGAGAGCUGGGCGCCGCGCUCUACAUCGGCUGGGGAGCAGGUGCCUUGAUGCUGAUCGGAGGGGGGAUCCUCUGCUGCAACUGCCCUCCUAAAGAUGAGGGCCCCUACACUGCAAGAUACAAAGCUGCCCGAUCUGAAGCCUCAGCACCAGCGUCCGGGAAAGACUACGUCUGAGUCAGAUCUAUGAACCAGUAACUGGCUUCCACAACGAUUACUGGGACAGAUGAACUGGUGCUACUGGGUUGUGAGUGUUGAAAUCAGGAUGUCGCUCGAGCAGAAAGUAUUCCUGAGUGUUUGGAAUGAAACCACACCCACAGAGGAAAAUUCUGUUUUAUCUGUUAACACUGUUUCAUGUAUUGUUUAUAUGAAUAUUAGUCUUUUCUAAGUGUUUUCCAGGCAGUUUGUUCUAUAGUCUCUGUUUUAAUUUGAAUAUGCUGUAUGUGGGUUAUGGAACAUGUGUGUGAGAUUCAUGAUGUGCCGGUUGAACUGUAAAUAAAUAUUUUGUCUAACAAA